AGUCGGAUCUUUGUUUUGCUUCUGGAGCUGAACACAUGGCGCGAAUGGUAAGUUGAAAAAGUAGAAAACAAUUAGCUUACACGGCGCCAUCCUGAACCCGUGAACGACACCUGGACAGCACCUGUCCGUGUUUCACUUCAACCACAGAGCCGACGGACCAGGAGCAGCUCUGUCCAGUGGAGCAGCCCUCCUGGUCUUCUGGGACUUCCUCUGUAACACCAACCUCUGAGUUUGGGUUCACCACAUCAGAGAAAAUGCACCUGAGCCUGACGGGUCCAGAUGUAAAUCACCGUGAGCAAUGCAGACCUAAAACACAGGAACAGGACCACAGAGAAGCACCGACAGAUACUGUAACACGGCCAGAACCUGAACAGAGCAGCUCCCACGAACAGACUCAAGAAAAACUGCCAGAGGCGGCAAAGCAAGACCAAGACCAGGCCCCUCGCAGACCCAAGAAGAAAUACAACUGUCCAACCUGUGAAAGAGCGUUCCCUCACAACACCGCUCUGCAACGACACCUUGUGAUUCACUCGGGCAAAAGACCUUUCAAGUGCUUCAUAUGUGGACGAGGAUUCACUCAAAGUGGAAACCUGAAAACACACAUGAAAGUUCACAGAGGAGAGUUACCACAUUGGACAUUAAUUCAAGAGAAGAGUCCUACUAAAGAAUCUCCUGUUACAGUUCAUGUAUGUGGAGAGUGUGGGAUGGACUUCCCUCAGAAACAACAGCUGGAGGAACACCGCCAGAGUCACAAAAAGCCUUACGCAUGUCCUGAUUGUGGCAAGACUUUCAAAAAUGAAUAUUAUUUUAAAAUACAUAAGCGCGUCCACUCAGGAGAGUCGCCGUUCCUCUGUUCAGAGUGCGGAAAGAGUUGUGUCACGGCGGAUUUACUUAAAAAACACAAAUUAACACACAGUGGAGAAAAGAAUUUCCACUGUGAUCAGUGUGGGAGGGCGUUUUCACAAUCCUCCAACCUCAAAGUGCACCUGCAGACACACACCGGAGAGCGGCCUCACCUCUGCUCCAUCUGUGGUAAGAGUUACUCCAGAGCAUUUGUUCUGAAGGUUCAUCUGCGAGUUCACACUGGAGAGAAACCGUACACUUGUGAGAAAUGUGGCAAAUGCUUCUAUUACUCUCAAGGGUAUCAAGCACAUCUGAAGAUUCACGACAAGAAGCCAAAACCUCCAAGAAGACCGCUGGGGAGACCAAAACAACAGCUGUUAGUGGUAAAUAAUCAGUAAUGUCACUUGGGAGGUCACAACAGUCUGAGAAUAAAUAAAUAAAUAGUUAAUAUAUUAUGGUUUGCUCCUCUGUCAUUAUGUGAAAUAAAAUAUCUUUCAUAUGAGUGAUUACGCAAGCAAUAUAAUAGUAAUGAUAUGUAUUUUAUAGUGCACAGUCAGCUCUAUUAUUACGUACUUCUUGUUGCACUGGAUGGCAGCAUUAAAUAAAUCAUGAUAUUGUGUUAA